AUGGCACAACGCAGCGCCGAUGCUCAGACCGCUCCCGAGCGGCAGGAGGAUGUAGAUUCCACUGUGGAAGAGAGGAAGAAGCUGAUCGAGGAAGCAUUAAGUUCGCUGGGGUCCUGCCGCACGAAGUGCUCUGAGAUGUUGGAAGCUGCUCGUCGGCCCCGCGUCACGGGCGACCUUGAGCUGCGCUUCUUGGACUUCCUGAAGAAGGAGCUCAGCUUCAUCGUCGCGGGUUUGACUGCACUGAGCCCGCAGCAUGGCGAAGACGAGAUGGUCCGAUGGCUGCGAAAGUUGACUGAUGGCAGGGCGUCGGGUAUUCUCCCCCGUGCCCUCGGCGAAGCAGAUCCCCAACGUCACAACACCCUGCUGCGAAGAGCCGCGCGGUUCUUCCGCCGCAGGCAUCGAUCGCGACAUACAUUUGAGUUACUACUGUAUGCGGCGGAAACAUUUUACAGUCUGGCUGAAGAUCCCUGCAGGUAUAGGCAUCUUGUUCCAGCUACCUCCCGCCAUGGGCUGCCACCGCAAGCGGCCGAGGAGGGAGAUGCAAGUGGCCUCAUCCCACUAAUAAUGUUGUGCAUGAGCAUGUUUCCUUACGGGUACAAGUUUGACAAGGAUCGACUUGUCAUGAGAUGGUUGUUUGAAGGCAUCUUCAGUUUCAGAGUCUUCUUUGUAUAUAGCUCAAAAGAAGAAGCAGAAGCAGAAGCAGAAGCAGAAGCAGGCGAGUACUUUACUAUCUUGUCCGUCGCAAUGUCAUCACCCAUGCAACACCAAAUUCCAGACGACGCGCUCAUCCGCCGGAUGAAGCCGGGGCCUGGCAGUGGAAUGUCAAUCAGCUUCGUACAGUUCCUUGCCACCAAAUCAGCAGCGAUUGGUUUUGCAUUUACCAGCGCCACGCUCAACUUAUUAGCGGAAGCAUCAGCAACUGGCCAUGACGACGCUAGUCGGAUUCCACAUAGGCUUGCCCUCCACCAUGAUGAUCCAAACAUCCCAUCUCUGCUUCAAGAAAUUGAUCUGUCCCAGACUCGUUCGCUAGCAGUGUCUGGUGCAGUCAGCAUUGGAGGAGUCCCUUCUACGGGUGCUGGAUGUCGAAGGCUGGGAGAAUUUCGGGGAUGA